AUGUCAGAGGCUUUGAAGACCCGUGUACCAGGGCUUGGAGAAACGACAAUCAAAUAUGUGUUUGGCAGACUGUUCAAACAGCAUGGUUGUAUUUGUUUACCAUUUGGGGGAUCUGUACGUGGUAUUGAUGCCGAUACACGAUACACCCUGGCUCCAGCCAAAGCCCAGCCAAAGCUCCAGUCAAAGCCCAGCCAAAGCUCCAGCCAAAGCUCCAGCCAAAGCCCAGCCAAAGCUCCAGCCAAAGCCCAAGCAAAGUCAGCAACGAUGCAAAUCAUGCAUAUCAGUGAGCAGAAUGAAGCAGACGGAGAGGAAAUUGAUUUGGCAAAUUGGAAGAAAACGUUCUUUGGCGAACUGACCAACCUGUGA